CCGGGGAGCAGGAUGGGGGAUUUCGCAGCCCCCGCUGCUGCCGCGAAUGGCAGUAGUAUUUGCAUCAACAGUAGCCUGAACAGCAGCCUCGGCGGGGCCGGGAUCGGUGUGAAUAAUACUCCCAAUAGUACUCCCGCUGCUCCGACUAGCAAUCACCCGGCUGCCGGCUGCGGCGGCGGCAGCGGCUCCGGGGGCCCCGGCGGCGGCUCGGCGGCCGUCCCCAAGCACAGCACGGUGGUGGAGCGGCUCCGCCAGCGCAUCGAGGGCUGCCGGCGGCACCACGUCAACUGCGAGAACAGGUACCAGCAGGCUCAGGUGGCGCAGCUGGAGCUGGAGCGCCGGGACACCGUGAGCCUCUACCAGCGGACCCUGGAGCAGAGGGCCAAGAAAUCGGGCGCCGGCACGGGCAAGCAACAGCACCAGAGCAAACCCCAGCAAGAUGCGGAGGCUGCCUCGGCGGAGCAGAGGAACCACACGCUGAUCAUGCUCCAAGAGACUGUGAAAAGGAAGUUGGAAGGAGCCCGAUCACCCCUUAAUGGAGACCAGCAGAACGGUGCUUGUGAUGGGAGUUUUUCUCCAACUAGCAAGCGAAUACGAAAGGACAUUCCUACAGGGAUGGAAGCCAUCAACAAUUUGCCCAACAAUAUGCCACUGUCUUCAGCUUCUCCUCUUCACCAACUUGACCUGAAGCCUUCUUUGCCCUUGCAGAACAGUGGGACUCACACUCCUGGGCUUCUGGAAGAUCUGAGUAAGAAUGGGAGACUCCCAGAGCUUAAAAUUCCUGUGAACGGUUGCAGUGACCUGGAGGACAGCUUCACCAUCUUGCAGAGCAAGGACCUCAAACAAGAACCUCUAGAUGACCCUACUUGCAUAGACACAUCAGAAACGUCUCUUUCGAAUCAGAACAAGCUGUUCUCAGACAUUAACCUGAAUGAUCAGGAGUGGCAAGAGUUAAUAGAUGAACUGGCCAACACAGUUCCUGAAGAUGACAUACAGGACCUGUUCAACGAAGACUUUGAAGAGAAGAAGGAAGCAGAGUUCUCGCAGCCGGCCACGGAGGCCCCCGCCUCCCAGGAGAGCUCCAGCGUGAAGAGUGACCCAUCCUCUCGCUCUCCCUUUGCACACGUCUCCACGGGCUCUCCCCAGGCCCCGCCUUCUUCUGGCCCUCCCUUUUCUACUGUCUCCACGGCCACCAGUUUACCUUCCGUGGCCAGCGCUCCCGCGGCCCCCAACCCUGCCGGCUCCCCAGCAAACUGUGCUGUCCAGUCCCCUCAAACUCCAAACCAAGCCCACACGCCAGGCCAGGCUCCACCUCGGCCUGGGAAUGGUUAUCUCCUUAAUCCGGCCGCCGUGCCAGUGGCUGGUUCAGGGUCGGGGCCUGGGGUUGUGCCCGGCUCUGAGCUGUCUCCGGCUGAGCAGCUCAAGCAGAUGGCGGCCCAGCAACAGCAAAGGGCCAAACUCAUGCAGCAGAAGCAGCAGCAACACUCAAAUCAGACUGCGAGUUGGUCUCCCUUAGGGCCUCCAUCCAGUCCCUACGGAGCAGCUUUCACUGCGGAAAAACCAAAUAGCCCAAUGAUGUACCCCCAAGCCUUUAACAACCAAAAUCCUAUAGUGCCUCCGAUGGCCAACAACCUGCAGAAGACGACAAUGAAUAACUACCUCCCUCAGAAUCACAUGAAUAUGAUCAAUCAACAGCCAAAUAACCUGGGUACAAACUCCUCGAACAAACAGCACAGUAUUCUUACUUACGGCAACACUAAGCCUCUGACCCAUUUUAAUGCAGACUUGAGUCAGAGGAUGACGCCCCCGAUGGCCAACCCCGGCAAAAACCCCCUGAUGCCCUACAUCCAGCAGCAACCCCCGCAGCCGCAGCCGCAGCUCCAGGCCCCCAGGGCACACCUGAGUGAGGACCAGAAACGCAUGCUUCUCAUCAAGCAGAAGGGAGUGAUGAAUCAGCCCAUGGCUUACCCGGCGCUUCCAUCCCACGGUCAGGAGCAGCAUCCGGUCGGGCUUCCCCGGACCACGGGCCCCAUGCAGUCGUCCGUGCCCCCGGGCUCAGGCGGCAUGGUCUCCGGAGCCGGUCCAGCGGGGCCCAGCUUCCUGGGCAGCCAGCCCCAGGCAGCCCUCAUGAAGCAGAUGCUCAUUGAUCAGCGGGCCCAGCUGAUGGGGCAGCAGAAGCAACAGUUCCUGCGGGAGCAGAGGCAGCAGCAGCAGCAGAUUCUGGCGGAGCAGCAGCUGCAGCCGCCACAGUUACCCCGGCAGCACCUCCAGCGGCCGCGCAACCCGUACCCAGUGCAGCAGGUCGCCCAGUUUCAAGGGUCUCCCCAGGACAUAGCGGCCGUGAGAAGCCAGACAGCCCUCCAGAGCAUGCGAACUUCACGGCUGAUGGCACAGAACGCAGGCAUGAUGGGAAUGGGACCCUCCCAGAACCCAGGGACAAUGGCCACAGCAGCGCAGUCGGAGAUGGGACUGGCCCCUUAUAGCACCCCACCUACCAGCCAACCGGGAAUGUACAAUAUGAGCACAGGAAUGACCCAAAUGUUGCAGCACCCAAACCAAAGUGGCAUGAGUAUCCCACACAACCAAGCCCAGGGGCCGAGGCAGCCCACCUCGGGGCAAGGGGUUGGGAUGGUGAGUGGUUUUGGUCAGAGCAUGCUGGUGAACUCGGCCAUUACCCAGCAGCACCAGCAAAUGAAGGGGCCGGUAGGCCAGGCCUUGCCCAGGCCCCAGGGCCCACCGAGGCUGCAAAGCAUUAUGGGAACGGUCCAGCAGGGAACACAGAGCUGGCAACAGAGGAGCUUACAGGGGCUGCCUGGGAGGACUAGUGGAGAAUUAGCAUCAUUCAACAACGGCGCCAGCUACCCACUGCAAGCUGGCCAACCGAGGCUGACCAAGCAACACUUCCCACAGGGACUGAGCCAGGUGGUGGAUGCGAACACCGGCACGGUGAGAACCCUCAACCCAGCUGCCAUGGGUCGGCAGAUGAUGCCACCGCUCCCGGGGCAGCAAGGCACCAGCCAGGCCAGGCCAAUGGUCAUGUCUGGCCUAAGCCAGGGCGUUCCCAGCAUGCCAGCAUUCAGCCAGCCCCCGGCACAGCAGCAGAUGUCCAGUGGAGGUUUUGCCUCAAGCAGCCAGAGCCAAGGCUAUGAGCGGAACCCCCCUCAGGACAUGUCAUACAAUUACAGUGGUGACACAGCUGGGGCAUCCUUCCCCAGCCUCUCGGACAGUGCCGAUCUCGUGGACGCCAUCAUCAAAGGUGGGCCAGGGGACGAGUGGAUGCAGGAGCUCGAUGAAUUGUUUGGAAACCCCUAG